ACGUUGUUUACAGAGAUCGACGGCUUAUAUUCGUCAUCUCAGGAUGCAGAGGGGUUUCCAAUUUGGGACUUCGUCUCCACCGAAUCCUCUUGGCGGCAAAAAAAUCCCCAGCUUAAAUUUAAAUACUACUCUCUCUCUUCCCAUCUCGACAUCAUCAUCAAUGGAAGGAGGAGGGAGACGUAAAGGCCAAGAUAGGAAAGUUAAGAGACUGCGAAGUAGUAACAGAGGGGCCAAGAAGCAGCAACAAGAAGAAGAGGAGAAAGGAGAAGCCCAAGAAGCCACCGCCGCCGCCGCCGUCAAGGAUGUGGAAGACUUCACCAUGGAGGAAUCCCAAAGAAUCCGUGGCUCGCUCCUCCGGUGGUACGACGAGAACCACCGGGUCUUGCCCUGGCGAACGGCGAGCAGAAGCGAUCACCGGAAAAACAACGAUGAGGCGAGAGCAUAUGCGGUGUGGGUGUCGGAGGUGAUGCUGCAGCAGACGCGAGUCCCCACCGUCGUCGCCUACUACAACCGCUGGAUGGCCAAGUGGCCCACCCUCCACCACCUCGCCGCCGCCUCCCAAGAGGAAGUAAAUGAGAUGUGGGCUGGCUUGGGGUAUUACAGGAGGGCGCGCUUUCUAUUGGAGGGGGCUAAGUCCAUUGUUCAAGAAGGAGAAUUUCCUCGAACAGUUGCUGCGCUUCGUGGGGUUAAAGGGAUUGGAGAUUAUACAGCAGGGGCAAUUGCUUCUAUAGCUUUCAAUGAGGUGGUCCCUGUGGUUGAUGGAAAUGUAGUAAGGGUGAUCAGCAGGCUUAAAGCCAUCUCUGCAAACCCAAAAGAAGCUGCUACUGUCAAGAGUUUCUGGAAGCUAGCUGGGCAGCUGGUUGAUCCUUCAAGACCUGGAGAUUUCAACCAAGCCAUAAUGGAACUCGGGGCAACCUUGUGCAGCACCACCAACCCUGCAUGUUCUACAUGCCCAAUUUCUGAUCAAUGUCGUGCAUUUUUGCUCUCCAGAAACAGUGAAACAGUCAGGGUCACAGAUUAUCCAACAAAGGUUGCAAAGGCCAAACAGCGGCAUGAUUUUGCUGCUGUUUGUGUUGUUCAAAUAGUAGAAGGUUCGGAUAGGGAGGUUUUGAAAGAUAGCAACAAAAAACAUGCAUUUCUUCUCGUCAAAAGGCCAGAAGAAGGAUUGCUUGCUGGUCUCUGGGAGUUCCCAUCAGUUUUAUUAGAUGAAGAAAGGAUGGAUAUGGGUACGAGGAGAAAAGCAAUGGAUAAGUACCUGAAGAAGUUAUUUAAUGUUGAUGUUGGAAGAAACUGCAAUGUGAUACUAAGAGAAGAUAUUGGGGAGUAUGUUCAUGUUUUCUCUCACAUUCGGCUCCGAAUGUACAUUGAGUUGUUGGUCUUGUCCAUGAAAGGUGGUUUGAACCUAUUGGGAGACGAUGAGGACCAUAGCAAGAUAUCAUGGAAAUGUGUGGAUGGAAGUUCCAUAGAUAGCAUGGGACUAACAUCUGGAGUAAGAAAGGUUUACAAAAUGAUCCAGAAUUUUAAACAGAAACAAAUGUCAGAACAUCCAAUCAGGGUACCAAGGAAGAAGGCAAAAAGAUCAAUUUCAUGAGAGCAACCAUCUAAUUGGAUACAGCGUGAAUUGAUUAGAAUCUGUUUGAUUACUGGACUAGAUAUAUUUAUUGCCAAAUAUGGCUCUCAUGCUAUCCCUCUGAUUGUUGUCCCUAAUUGUUGUCAGUCAUAUAACAAAAAAUCUUGAUUAUUGUGUCUAUAUAUAUUUGUGUGAAAUUAACAAGCA